AUGAGAUCAAUGGCUCGACCAGGUCAAAAUCUUCAUGUGAAAAAUUUGGUCUUGGUGGCCUUAUAUUUGGUCAUCAUGGCAGUUGAAGCCCAGUUAAUCACAUCCAGUAACAGAUAUCUUAGGGCUUCUACAAUAUCUCUGGCUUCUACUCAGGGUAGAAAUGGAAGAAGUUUUGGCGUACAAAAUUAUGGUGCAGUGGGUGAUGGAGAGCACGACGAUACUGAGGCGUUUACUCGUGCAUGGAAUGAUGCUUAUAAAGCGUCGUCUGCAACUUUGAAUGUGCCAGGUGGCAAGACUUUUCUGGUCAACAAUCUAAAUUUCCAGGGACCGUGUCAGCCUGGUUUCACAUUUCAGGUCGAUGGAAUUAUUGUUGCCCCAGAAAAUCCGAGCAGCUGGAAGAGCACAUAUGUGUGGUUGUUGAUCAAGCAUCUUUAACAAUUUACAUACUGGGGUAAACAUAAAAGUAGACCAACGGCCAUUCAAUUCAAUGAUGUGAAAGGGAGUGCACUGAGUGGACUGAAGGUGACAAACAGUCCUCAAUUUCAUGUCACAUUGACAAAUUGUGAGAGUGUCCAGAUCGUGGGUAUUACCAUUCAGGCACCAGAAAGCAGCCCAAACACUGAUGGAAUUGAUACGUUCCAAUCCACAAAUAUAGUCAUAAAAGAUUCCACUAUUGGAACAGGAGAUGACUGUGUGGGGAUAGGUGAUGGGUCUUCAAAUAUUAACAUCAAUGAUAUCACAUGCAGUCCAGGCCAUGGAAUAAGCAUUGGAAGUCUUGGAAGAGGAAACACGAAAGCAGAUGUCCAUUCUAUUCACGUGGACGGCGCCAAGUUGACAUCAACAAGGAAUGGAUUAAGAAUCAAGACAUGGCCGGGGGGUUCUGGCGUGGCAAGUGAUAUAACAUAUGAAAAUGGCCAGAUGGAAGACGUAAGCAACCCAAAAAUAAUUAACCAGUUCUACUGUGAAACAGUUGACACUGGGUCUGGUUGCAAGUCUCAGAGUUCUGCUGUGAAAAUCAGUAAUGUAGAAUACAGUACUAUCAGGGGCACAACACCAACAGAAGAUGGAAUCACAUUGUCGUGCAGCCAAAGCGGAUCUUGCAUGGGCAUAAAAAUGGAGAACAUAGUUUUGGUAACUGGCUCAGGGGCGCAAGCUUCUUGUAAUGCCCAAAACGUACAGGGUGGAAAUUCGAUUCCUUCACGUUGUCUGGGCAACAAUGGCCAAUGA